AAAAGCGUAGCGGAAUCGUACUUUUUUGACUGCUGGGUAAACGGAAAACCUUUGCGGUCUUAUGUUGAUUCAGGGUGUGGCGCAGUGCUCGUUCGAGAAAAAGAAGCUCAGGAAUUGUCAAUGCAGUACUCAGCUUCAACGGUUAAUAUAAUUGGAUACGGUGGUUGUGAAGUGAAAGCAUUGGGAAGUGCAGUGGUAAAUUUAAAGGUGGACGAAGUUGAACUACCUGUCGAAGUUUUUAUUGUGCCGACUCACAUCCAAGACGUUCCCGUUAUGGUCGGUCAAACGUUUUUAAAUCAUGAAAAAACUAUAAUGCUGGUUAUGGGAAGGACCGUAAGGAUUCUUGAUGCAGACGCCGACAACGCUAAAGGUUUGGAUUUACCCGAGCGCAAGAUCCCUAUGUGGGCCAAGGACCGCACCAUUGUACAGGCAAGGACUAAAGUAUUGGUUGCGGUUACUUCAAGAGGCGCCUACGAUGGUGAUGUACCUACUUGUCCAAGGAAACUUACGAGCGGUUCCUGGCAGAGAGCACCUCUGGGAUUCCUGCAUUGCAUAACGAACGGCAACGAUGGGGCGGUAUGUGUUCCACGGGGACGUGGAUAAUGGUAGCUUGGCCGACUGUAAAGUAAACAACGAGGGUCACACUUGCAUCCAGACUGGCCACAAAAAAAAGAAGGUCAUUGGCGGCUGAGGGUGGCGAUCGGUCGGUAUAUCAUGUUACAUAUACGGGAUAAGUUGUAAAAGGGGACAUUCUCUUCUUACGUCUCGUUGGAAUUAGAAGUUUUGUAUAAGCGUAAAUAAAUUCUGUAGUUUUGA